CUGGACGUCGUGCUCCGGAGGGUCACCUCUGCGACCCGCACAGUACAGUACCGCCCCCAAAUACCCAAAUAGCGCGUAAUAUAAAAGGAGCGGAAUUCGGACGUCCGGCAACAGUCGCCCCGUGACCAGCAACCACUCAGCAUCACCAUGAAGUGUGUGAUCGUCGCCGCCCUGGUGCUCGUCGCCGACGCCGCCGUGCAGCCAAUGAUGUCCGUGAUGCCCAUGCACUCGGCCAUGCCCAUGCACAUGUACCAGGCCAUGCCCAUGCACAAGGCUAUGCCCAUGUACUCGGCCAUGCCCGUGCACAUGCACUCGGCCAUGCCCAUGCACAUGCACAAGGCCAUGCCUAUGGCUGAGGCCCGGUGGGGACAGCCCGCGCAGGCCAUGGGCCGGGAGGCCAACGCCGAGAUCGUGGAGCACGCCGUCGACAUGAGCGAGCCCGGCCGCUACAUGUACCGCUUCAGGACCAACAACGGCAUCGCCAUGAUGGAGCAGUACGCCAUGGACAAGGACGCCGCCAAGGUGCAGGGCGCCUACGAGUGGAUGAGCCCCGAGGGCGAGAACUACAAGGUGGAGUACGUGGCCGACGAGAUGGGCUACCGGCCCGUCGGCGCGCACCUGCCCCAGGUGCCCGUCGCCAUCCUGCGCUCGCUCGAGUGGAACGCGGCCCACCCCGAGGAGGACAUGGCCGGCAAGUACCACGCCGAGAAGAUGAUGCACUGAACGGAGGAGCCGGGCUGCCGUAGGCUGCCGCGCACCGCGGCCACUCUGGCGCCCACGCAGGCAACACAACGAACAUGGCUCACCGUUUCCGCUCACCGCCUCCCGAGCGGGAAGGGCAGCUCUCUCAAGAAAAUUGACUUUUCAUUAUGUACCGCUCGCCUCAUAAUCACGCAAAGGCCAUUUUUAUGGCACUAUUGAAUAAAUGUUUCAAGUCAAGGGCCA